UGCAGUGAGCCAACUGAUUGGAGACCAUGUUGGUAACAUGCAGUUGGACAAGGAGAACAAGGUCUGGAUGAAAAUAAGGACGCCAAAGGCUGAAGUGCGGGACAUGAGCAUCCUUCCGUCCGAGGAUAGUGAGGAUGAUCCUUUUGCCAGUAUCCCUGACCUCUCAGUCGACAUACACAAGGAGAGACAGCAUCUUGCCUUGAAGACAGGGCCGCUUGAAGACCUCGAGGAGUAUUUGAAAGAAGAUUUCCCUCAUCCACCAUCAUCCGGCAGAAAGCCCCAUUCCACAGACAAAACUUUCGAUGUUAAGAGCAUCUUGAGUCAUACCAAAGAGACCUUUGAGAACAUAAAGAGAACCUUGGCGGAGACUGUUAGUCAAGCUGAAGAGGAGAUUGAACACGAGAUAACACUUCAUGAAGAUCGCGUUCAGAAGUCCAGUCCAUCCAGGAAGAGGAACUUGACGAUCACAUUUUCAUCGCCGAUUGCCUCCUUUAUUCAGGACAUCCUCCCUCAGCAGUCGGAAGGCGAAACCACACUGGAUGAAUUUAGCACCAUAGACCAGUCUAUUGGUGAUAUCACAACAGACUCUUUAAGGCGAGGCAGGCACGUAAGAGUCGAGCACAUGUUUGACAACGACUCCAGCCAGUCGAGAUCGAGAAGCCGUUCCAAAAGCAUUGGCCGAAAUUUGUCGGUCAAAGGCCAGGCGUUCGUUCCACGCCCUGUAUCACGGAUUGAUGAGCAGGAUGAAGACGGUGCAGUCGACGCCUCUGUGUUUGGACAACGGCAACUCAGUGUUCGUGGAGAAUCUAGUAUCCUUGCACUAGAUGAUUCCGAGCAGAAACAUAGCAGUGUCAGCUUCGUCAUAUCGACGCCCGCUCCGACGCGGCAUAUGUCUCGGAUGUCUGCGACACCAAUGAUAGCUGAGCAUGUGGGCACGUACUCACUUAGCCCAUUAUCUGAGUUUACUAUGCAUCAUGGCGACGGCUCAAACGCACUCGAGGUCAGUUACGUCGUCGGAGAUAACUAUCUUGUGACUGGCGAUAGAUCCAAGCGAGUCUUGUCGCAGGCGAUUCGUAGCUUAGUGGAGAAGAUCACUGAGGUCGAGCCGUUUGAACCGGACUGGGAUGCCAUGCAAGUCUUGGACAUCAAUGGCAAACAACUGAAAAGCUUGCACAAACUAGAUGAGUUCUGCGGCAGCGUCGUUACAUUGGAUGCGUCCAACAACUCCAUUAGCCACCUGGAUGGCGUGCCUGAGGCUGUUCGCAAUCUCAAAAUGACCCACAACCAGCUCUCGGAGUUGACAGCUUGGGGGCAUUUGGCAAACCUGCAGUAUGUCGACAUCUCUAAUAAUCAGAUUAAUAGUCUGCAUGCGUUUAAAGACCUGGUCCAUCUGCGGAGCCUACGCGCCGAUAACAACCAGAUUACGAGCCUGGAUGGGAUCAAAUUUCAUGACGCCCUUCAAGUGCUGCGAAUACGGAACAAUCUUAUCGAAGAGGUUGAUCUCGACGGAACAAGACUCCAUCGGCUGACCGAGCUAGAUUUGCAAGGCAACCAGAUCAGCUCUUUCGAAAACGUUGAGCAGCUUCCAUGCUUAUCAACUCUCAAUAUGGAAAAUAAUCGUCUGACAUCAUUCAAGACUACUAUGAAUGGCAGCGUGUCGUCACUCAGGUAUUUACGAAUGUCGAACAACGCCGUUUCAGAUCUCGACCUAGCUUCGUUCCCCUCUCUUCGCCUCCUCCAUGCCGAUCGCAACCGUCUUACAAGCUUGAAAGGGUUUUCUCGUGCUCGCAGACUUGAUAGUCUUUCUUUGCGUGAGCAGACGGGCGACAAGCCUCUAGACUUGUCUUUCCUCAAAACUGCAUACGAGGUCCGCAAACUAUUCUUGUCCGGCAAUCUUUUGACGGCUUUCGAACCGCAGGUGGACUUUCUCAACCUGCAGCUUUUGGAGUUGGCAAACUGUGGGCUACAGUCGCUGGGAAAGAAUCUUGGGCAACUCAUGCCAAACCUGCGCACUCUGAAUCUGAACUUCAAUGCACUGGAGGACUUGUCAGCCCUACGUUACAUCCCUAGGUUGAAGAAACUCCUAGUAGCAGGCAACAGAGUGUCUGACGUAGGUGCCCUGGCUGAUAUCCUGGGCGAGUUUCCACAUAUGGCCAAGCUGGAUUUGAGAGACAACCCUGCCACGCUGGGUUUUUAUCCGCCCGUGCAAGCUCUGGUUGUGAUAGAGCGUGAUACAGAUUUUGAUGCCUUCGUCCUGCCGGAUUCGAGUAAAGAGCGAGACGACACCUUCGCCAUGAGACUGGAUAUGGGCACAAAGCAAAGGCGGAGGUUCUACGAGAUCGUAAUCAGUCAGCGUUGUGGACGACUGAAGGAGUUGGAUAGUCUAUCUCUGGACAGAAAACAAAUUAGGAGGAAAGAUAGCGUGUGGCAGGCGCUUUUGGACAGUGGCGUCGUAGCUAGAGCCGCAAAGGACGAUGUCAAGCAAAAGAAACCCGACAAUGGGUCCGAGGCGACACAGGAAGUGCGGCAAGAUUGAUGAAGUUUAUGAUGGUUGGGUAUAAUUACUGACGCGUCGCUCGAAACGUAUGAAAUUAUUGCUUCAUUUGGGGUUUUUUGUCUCGAGGAGCAUGCUGGAGUUCUACUUGGUUUGGAUGAAGCUGUCUCGGACCGCAUGGGCGUUUUACAAAAGAAGGGCCAACGCUCUGCUAGAGAUGGGCCUCAAAGGGAGUUUAAGUAUGUAUUGAUUUUUAGUGUAGUACUAGAUGGCAUGCAUGCGGGGCAUGAUAACGUUAAUAAUGAGAGAUGAAGAGCUG